AUGGUACAGGAUGUUUACAAGUCACUGCUUUUACAUAAAGCACCAUUUCUUGAAAGGCUGUAUUUGAACAUAGAAGAUCCUGCUGAUAUUGGAAUAUUGAUUGGAAUUGCAUUUUCACGUCACGUGCGUGAAUUGGUGUUGUUUCACUACCAUGAGAUACGAGACGACCCAGUCAAGUUCCCUAGUGUAUUGUGUAGCUAUAACAACACACUCCAUACACUGAAGCUAAUGUAUCACAUUCAUUUGGAGUUUCCUUCUCGGGUUUGUUUGAAUGCACUUAAAAAGUUGCAUCUUCACGAUGUGAUAUUCAUAGAUGAAGCUUCUGUUUGCAACCUUUUCUCUGGAUGCCCUAGGCUUCAAGAUUUGGUUGUGACACGAAUCAAGUAUCCUACCGGUAGGGUCUUUUAUCAGCUGGUAUCUUUGGAGCUACAUGUAAAUGAACUAAAAGUGUUGAACCUUUGGGCCAUGCUCGAAGGCUCUCCUAAACUGCAAAUCCUCAAGCUCACCAGCUUUUAUCCUGAAUAUGAUUCUGUGGAAUGGGAAUGGAAUCAGCCGAAAUGUGUACCAGAAUGUUUGUUGUUCCAUCUUGAAACAUUCAUGUGGGAAGACUACGAAUGGGAACGAGAUGAGAUACAAGUGGCCACAUACAUCCUAGAGAACGCUAGACAGUUGAAGAAAGCAAUUUUCUCCACAACAUCCAUUGUACUGGAAGAGCAGGAAGAGUUAGGAAAGAGAAGUGAGUUGAUCAAUGAGUUGGCUAGUGUGGUCAGAGCGUCACCCUCAUGUCGCCUUGUGUUCGAAUGA